GUUUGCGUUUGCACGCAAGCAUGCUGUCAGCAAUUACGUUUGACAAUUGCCCUGCCUUUCUGGGCUGUCGUCGUCAGUAGAAGGUGUCCAAAUAACAAAGAAUACUUGCUUUAGCCUCAGCUUCUUUUGUCCGGUUUGGCUCCUCAAUAAGUUUUGAUGUAUGUUCAUAACAGCUUAAGAAACGCUCAAUACUUGACGCGUGCGCGCCACGUAGUCUACGGCGUCCAGAUAGCACAAGCAACGCCUCCUUUAGCAGUCCAGCGUGAAGGGUUUUAUUCUUAACAACUGCAUCCGAUUUAAAGCAGCACGGAAUGCUAUUCUGUGCAACCUGGAGCUGACGAUGUCGCAACUCGCUUGUUCGCAGCGCUCUUUAGAACGGAGUCCCUAGAGCCCGGUAGCCGUCAGCUCUAUAGCUGAACGUUCCAUGGCUGUCCAGAGUAUGCUGGCAACCAUUUGUGGCUGCUACUAGCGCUCUGCUGCGGCAUCCUCAGCGUCAACCAUGAGGGCUCCUCACUGCAAGCGACAAGGGUGCAUCCGUGCAGCCGCACGCAACAGCAUGGUUGCACCUGGCCCCUGCUUGUCGAGCCAUCGGCUGCUGUCCCUCCACCCUUCCACCCUACUCCUGCCACUGCUCCUGUUAUGGGUGUUAGGAGUCCAACCAAACGGGGCGGCACUCGCUUCAGCUACCUCGACCUACGACCUUCCAACCGUGUCCUCGGAACUCCAACUCAUGGCAGCCGUCAACGAUAGCUCCGUGCCUGCCGUACGCCUGGCAGCUAAUGUUCGGCUGACAUCAUCUGCCUGGCCUGCAUCGCCCAUCGUGCGGUCCACGAACUUCUCGAUUGUGGGCGCUGACUUCCUACCCAUCUUGGACCUUAACUUCGUGGAGUCCAGAAUUCAGUUACUACCCGGAGUAGUUUUCAAUUUCUCAAAGCUGGAGUUGCGAAAUACGCGGCAACGAAGCGGCUUCGAGGUGGACCUCUUCAGCGCCAGUCCGGGCGCAAUCGUGCACUUCGAUGGCAUGGUGUACUUCUGCUUCAGCUGCCUGCCGCUAGCUACCCUCAUGACCGUGGUGAACAGCUCGCCGCCAGCGGGGCUGCCGCAGAACGUCAGCUAUGGCUCCUGGUGCCGUACGCUGCAACCGCCGCUCGCACGCUGCUACAACGAAAACAGUGUGCUCAAAUACGUGUCAGCGUCCACGCAGCUGCCGGCUUCGGGGCUGGUGGGUCUGACGAGCGGCGGAGGCUAUGCCAUACAGGCGUGGAAGACUGUCUUCGUCUGCCAGCAGCCCAUCAUGGAUGAUUGCGGCCUGACCAACGGCUGGGACUACUGCGUGAGGACCAAGGUGGUGGAGCUGCAGAGCCAGGACAACACUUGGGAGCUGCUGGCGGCCUAUGCGGCCAUGACAGCAACCCCGUCGCCCUCGCCUGGCGGCGCGGCGCUCGCCGACGUGCAUGGAGGGCGCACGGCCGCCGUGGCGGCUGGAGCAGCCGUGGGGGGAUUCGUCGCGCUCGCAGCAACCCUCGCGGCAAUCGCAGCCGCGCUCUACAAACGCCGCCGCUUGCGCCACCAACAGUUGCGCUGCGUCUCCGGCAUGCUCUCAAAGUCCCAGGAUGGUUGCGGCAGCAGCGGCGCUGGCCACGACAGCAGCAGCAAACCGCCGUAUUCCGGCGUUGACGUCAAGCCCAGCCUCUGUGAUGCCGGCACCAGCGGCGACAGCGGCGGCGGAGGCAGCGGCGGCGCCACUGUGCAAGUGCUCAUUGCUCCCCCCGGAGGAGGCGAGGCUCUGCCGCCCUGCCUGACCUCCACAAUAUCGUCCUCAUCAGGUGCCCCGUCUGCCGCAAGCGGCCGACCGGCAAGAGAACCGCUGCCCCAGCCUCCGCCUGCACCAGCGGCGGCGGCCCCGACCGCGGCAGCGGCUGCGGUGCUGAGGACGGCGGCGUCGUCCGAGCUGAGGGACGAGGGCUGUAAACGCCUUAGCGACUCGCAAGCUGGCGACCUGGGUCAUGCUGCCGAUGGCAGCCUUAGAAAUAGAGGCGGAGGUGCAGCGGGAGCCGGCGGUGGUGGUAGGAGCGGUGGAAGCGGGGCGCCUCCGCCGGUGGAUGCGGUGGCGGAGGCGCAGCAGGCGGAUCCGCAGUCCGGCGAGCGGGACAAGUCGGUUGUCAUGGUGGCGGGCAUUAGCAUAGAGCUGUCGAGCAACCUGGGCACCGGUAGCUUUGGAAAGGUGUUCCGAGGCUGCUGGCAGGGCCGCCCGGUGGCAGUCAAGGUGCUGCAGUACGGAGCGGAGCUGUGCAGGGCGGUGCAGAGCGAGGUGCUGCUCUCACAGACGCUGCGCCACCCGAAUGUGGUGUCGGCGCUGUACUUCGCGCAAGUGCUGCCUGGGGGCAGACUCGGACUGCACACAGGCGGGGGCGGAGGCGGGCCCCCCAGCAGCCGCAAGGGCCCCGGCGGCUACCCAGUCAACCUCCUCGCCCGACCCGUCCCUCACGGCCAGCAGGACCCGCAAGCCGCAGCACGCGGCGCCACGGACGCGGGCAGCUACAGCCGGUUCAUCGAGUCCGGUGUUGCCGCGGCUACGGAAGCCUGGAGUACGGCUGCCGGCGCCGCCGAUGGUGGUGGUGGCGGCGGCGGCGACAGCACGUCUUCACUGCCGCAGGACCUCAUGCAGGUGUCUGUGGGGCGUGGGGACGGCGGCGGCAUUUGUGCAGCCGCUGCUCAGGCGCUGCUGCCGCUGUCCUCCUCGCAGGGAUCUGUGACGGCGCGGCGUAAGGAUGAGGCUGCUAAGACGGGCGAGGCUGCUAAGCAGGAGGAACCGGGGCUAUUGUUGCAGCAGCCGCAGCAGCCGGACGACGAGGGCCGCCCGGAGAAGCUGCGGACAGCGGGGUCGGCCGAGGAGGCAGCGGAUGUGGCUGAUGCUGACGGGGCAGUGGAGGAGUCAGCCUGCGUGGCUGCUAGCGCACGAGGGACGCUGCUGCGACCUAGACCGCGGUCCCUGCCGCAUGGAAGCCUAGGUCAGAGUGUACGACAGGACGGGUGCCUGGAGCUCACACUCCGUGCGGGUGCAGCAGCUGCAGCAGACCCUACCCUGGCGGCAGGCAGCAGGGCACCACAAGCAGGUGGUGCAGCAGCUGCAGCAGCUGCUGCAGCAACAACCGCACUCAGCACGCCGCUAACGUUGCUACGCACUGCGAACUCGGAAGCCGCGGACCCGCUUGGGCUCUUCGGGGAUGACUCAACCUACGACACGACAGAUGAUGGUAGCGGGGGUGCGUCCCGGAGCCAAAGUGAGCCGGAUGUGUUGUCUCGCUGGGCCGAGCAGCGGCGGCGGCAGGCGCAAGCCGAGCGCACAGGCGCACAGCUGUUGGUGAUUCCUGAAGCGAGAGUCACGCCAAACGGCUAUGUAGUGCGGGCGGGAGGCCCGGAGGACGCCGCCUCAGCGGCAACACCGCCGCCACCUGAGUGCCGUACACCUAGAAUUGCCAAGGUAAACGAAGCCAUUGCCGCCGCCACCGCGGCUGUCAUGAACGUUGAUGGCGGGAGGUGUGGUGGUGGCGGCGCCGCCGCCGCCAAUCCUUCUGGCCAAUCUCCUGAAUGCGCUGAGCUGACGGAGGGCACCUCGGAAGCUACCGUGCAGCCGCCAGCACCAGCAGCACUACCCAAAGGAGGCGGCGCGGGGGCAGCAGCGCCUCAACACGCGCAACAUGGUGCUGCGCCGGGCGCAGGCGCGAACGUGCAUGCUCUUGACCCCCGCCGCCGCAGCUACCCGGAAGCUGGUAAGAGCGGCGAGGAGGGAGAUGCCGUACCCUCCGGCGCUGCUCCUGCAGCUGCGGCAUCAGCGGAGCCGCCACUGGAGGCGUUAUGGCUGGCCGCGCACACUCAGCCUGCGGAGGGCAGCAGUCACGGUUUCCUGGUGAUGGAGCUGUGCGAGGGAGGCAGCGUGUUCGCAUGGCGGGCUGCGCACUGGAAGGGCUUGAACGAGCGGCCGGACCUGGCCGUACUAUUGCGGUUAGCGCUUGACAUCGCUUACGGCAUGUCGUACAUCCACAGCAUUGGUAUUUGCCACGGAGACUUGAAGCUCUCGAAUGUCUUGCUGGCGAGAUGCGACAGCGCAUCGGGCGCAACGGGCUCCAACCCCAGCGACUUGCUGGACGGCUGGGUGGCCAAGGUGUGCGACUUUGGUUUGAGUCGAGUCCUGACAAACGACCGCACCCACGUGUCUACUCGGCCGUACGGCACUCCCACACACAUGGCGCCAGAGCUGUGGACCAAGGGCCACGUGUCGCAGCAGGCGGACGUGUAUGCGUUCGGUGUCACAUUGUGGGAGCUGGCCACCGGCCUGCGCCCCUACAAGGGCCUCAACGCGGCGCGCAUCCUGCACCGCGUGCUGCUCAGCGGCGGGCGGCCGGUGCUGCCGCUGUGGCUGCCGCCCUCCUACACGCGCCUGGUCACCAGCUGCUGGGCGCAGUCGCCCAAGGACCGGCCCACAUUCGGGGAGAUUGUACGGCAUCUGGAGGCCAUGCUCGCAGUUCUAACGGCCGUGACGCCCCGCUGAGGGCUGAUGCGGAGUGGAGGCGGGGUGGGGCCGGGCAGCCGCUGGUCCCCUUACAGCAACAGGGAUUAGAACACAGCCCUCGGUGCCCUCUUUUCGUGUUCGGAACAGGCCAGGGCAUAGCCUUAAGUGUAGGGGACACCUGAUAUUAUGGUGACUUCAAUGUGUCGUCUGCCAAUGCUGUCGUAAUGAGUCGUCCCGAAGUGCUAUUGGUUACCAUAUACUACUAGGUGCGGACAACAAGUGCCUACCAGGCCUACCAGGCGGGCGCAAUAAGCAGGCGUGCACGCAAAAGGUGCGCGCCAGGUGUGUUUAGAACACUGGCCGUAAGUAGGAACGUGCUCGCGUGAUGUGUGCGUGUGGGACGCGAAAGCCAGUUGUUGGGGAGCGGACAUGCGGCUUGGGCGGUGUCCGUAUCUGUCGACCACUGCUGACAUAUGGCUUUAUUGCCAAGUGUCAGUUAGUUGCCAAACGUUGACAAUAUAGUGGUUUUCUGGCGACGUUGCAUGGAGCAUGGUUCGCCAACAACCGUAUUGCUGGGUUUACGACCUUCAGCCGAGUGGUACAAGGGGGCUGCUGCCUGGAGGCUGAGGUAUCGCCGACGACGUGCGUGAAUCAUGGAGGGUGUCGGAGUUCGCUGCCCGUUCCGCAGCCAAUCGGCCAAACCCGUGUUCAGGAAUACAUGAGGACAUGCAAACAGCCUGAGCUAAAUUCAACUCAUUCGACGCAAGUUGUUCCUUUGGCCUUGACCUAAUAAGGGCAGUUGUUGGGGGUUCCCCGGGCGUUGAAGACCGUUGGGUGUAGUCUUGAUACGAAGUGCGUCGUAAAUGCAAGGUUGGAGGCCCUACCUGGGGUUGCAAAACGGCAUGUGUUAAGAGGUCAAUGUGCUGACAAAGGUACGCUAUUUACAACAUCUUAUCAAACACUGCUUUACUGUUUCCUUUCAGGAGCAUUGUUUGGCGAGGAUGUGAUUACCGUUAGUGGCAUGUUGUCGGCGCAAUGUUACGGGGCAAUGCACCUAGCAUGCUGCAUGCACCAUGCGCCGGGGCUGCAAAGUGCAGCAUGCAGUUAUCUGGGCGUAUUUGGUUGCAACAACGCACCAUGCAUAUCAGCAUUUUAUUGUUGGGGGCUAUUAGGACGUGGGCUUUGGCCUUAGGUUUUGUCGUCACUCUUGCAUAUCAGUCAACUGUCAGGGCUUAUAUGGCCUAUAUAACCAAGCCUUUCACAGUUGUGCCUGUUAGGCGCCGUCCCUACAUGGGUAGCUGUCAUGAAGGAAACCUCGUGGUGUCUUUCAACUUUAGACGCCGUGGUUGUCAUCAGAGCGGGAGUUUGAGAUUGCUGUAUCCCCAUAAGCCGUCAGAGCUGUCCAGAGGUGACGUGAUCAGCGACAAUUGGCACGAGAAAGGUACCCUGCAAUCGUUGUUUACGGGCCUCACCUGGGUUUACAUCCAGGGAAAUAGGUUCUCAAGGACUUAAACGGUUCAAACAGACCUUACAUCGUGUUGUAGCAGGACUCAUCUGUUG